GAUCUCGAAUACCUAAAACAUCGAGAUCGUCUCGAAAAAUGCCCGUGGUAGUUUUCCCGGUACCCCCUUGUCCUCAUCUGGAAGAGUGUACCAAGACUAAUCCGCCGGCAAUUCAAUUUCACCAUGAUUAACCCCUCAUCGCAUUAUAACCCCUACCCGUGGCCGGUAGUAUUUAUGGCAAAAAUGGCCAGGCGGAUAGAUGGCAGUUCUAUCUAUCCACGUGGCUAAAGUAUAGAUACAUUUCCCUUUUCUGCAGCAUCAUUCCCGUUGUGUGUGUAUGUUUCUAUUUCCUGGUAUAGAAGCGUUGUCAUUCGAUAUUCGGUAUACCGAUACGGUGUUGAGUAGUUUCGCUGGACUUGGCAAAGACUACCUAGGAUACUAUAAUACGACGACAACUGCGAUAUUAUAAGUCAAAAUGCCUUCUGCUGAGACAAACGGCACGAAUGGCGACUCGGCCUACCAAUUCUACAACGUAAUCGAUGGCAAGCCCCGCAUCUCCAAAGAUCAUCACCAGGUCAUCGAUCCCCGUACCGAAGAGCCUCUUUGGGAUGCCCCUAUCGCAACGUCCAAGGAUCUUGAUGACGCAGUUGAAGCCGCAAACCGUGCUUUUAAGACAUGGAAGAAGAGCACUACCGCCGAGCGUCAAAAGGCUGUUCACGAUGUAGCCAACAUUAUCCUCCAGAAUGUAGAGGUUUUGGCCGAGGUUCAAAGGAGGGAAACUGGCAAGUCUAGGGCCAUGUCGAGAUUUGACGUCGAGAGAGCUGCGUGGCAUUUUGAAUACUACAGAACUGUAUCGCUCGAGGAUGAGCUGCAAUACGAAGACGACACAGUCCGUAUUAUCGCGACGCACACGCCAAUCGGCGUACUCGGCGCCAUCUCACCAUGGAACUUCCCCAUGAUCCUAUCAACCGUGAAAGUAGUCUCUGCACUAGCCACCGGUAACUGCGUGAUCAUUAAACCCUCGCCCUUCACCCCCUACUCGCUCCUCAAAUUCUGCGAGUUGGCCCAAUCAGUCCUACCUCCAGGCGUCUUUCAAGCCCUCAAUGGCGGCGCCGACCUCGGCGAGAAAAUGACGUUGCACCCCGGCAUCCACCACAUAAGCUUCACAGGCACAAUCGCCGUCGGUCAGCGCAUCUUGCGCAACUGCGCCGGCACCCUAAAAAAGGUGAUCCUCGAACUCGCAGGCAACAACGCAUGCAUCAUCUGCGACGACGUCGACCUCGACAAAGUAGUCCCCCAAGUCACCACCGGCGCUCUAUUCCACGCGGGCCAAGUCUGCGUCGCCUCGAAGCGGAUAUACGUACACGAGUCACUAUACGAUAAGUUCCUUGAUCGACUCAUCGAAGAAUCUAAGAAAUUCGCGAUUGAUGACGAGGAUUCGAUUUCUUUCGGUCCAUUAUCGAAUAAGCCGAAUUAUGAACGCGCCGUGGGCUUUAUUGAAGAUUGUAAGAAGAAUGGGUAUAAAAUCGUGGCUGGAGGUGAUGUAAAGCCACGGGAAAAGGGAUUCUGGAUCCCUCCGACUAUUGUUGCGAAACCCCCUGAGAACUCGCUGCUUGUGCAGGAGGAGCAGUUUGCCCCUAUUGUCCCUGUCAUGUCCUGGACGGACGAAGACGAUGUGAUUACGCGAGCGAAUCUAGAUAAUGCCGGGUUGGGUGCUUCGGUGUACACUCCCGAUGCGGACCGGGCGCAGCGUAUUGCGCGCCAGCUUGAGUCCGGCACCGUCUGGAUCAACCAGUUUGAGCGCCCGCACCACGCUGGUUUCUUUGGCGGUUGGAAACUUAGUGGUUUUGGUGGUGAGAUGGGCAAGCAGGGUCUCUUGCACUACUGCCACACUCAGAGCUUGCAGAUCGCUAAGACGUAGGCGAAGAGUGUUAGACAAUCUCCUUGUCUGUCUGUUUAAGAAAUAUGAUGUAUAGAGGUGGUUUGGAAUUUCCUGUAGAUACCUACGUAUGUAUGUAGUUGCCCGAGGCCUAAGAUGUUUCAAUAACCGAUAAUAUUCGGCUCAUGUUUCUGGAUC